AUGCCCAAGAAGCAAAGAGACCCCGGAAGCUUCACCUUGCCGGUGAAGAUAGGUGACUUGGAGCCUAAAGGAGUGUUGGCCGAUUUAGGAGCAAGUGUGAUUUUGAUGCCUGUAUCCAUAACUAAGCACCUAAAAUUUCCUCUUCAUCCUAAACGGAAGACUAUUCAAUUGGUGGAUCGAACUGCGAGAGUGCCACAUAGUGAGUUGGAGGAUGUACCAAUACAAGUUGGGCAUGUGUUUGUGCCAUGCGAUUUUGUAGUAAUGGAUAUGAAGGAAGAUCCAGAGACUCCUCUCAUUCUUGGGAGGGAAGCUCUUACGACAUGGGGGCCGUGA